AUUUGAAUAACAGAUGCGUGAAUUCACGGCUGUCGAUCAGAAUUCGGAAAGCGCUGACAAGUAGCCGCUCCUCAAAUUGCGGUGUACAAUGCCCCGCUUACCCUCAGACACUGCACGAAAAGCACAUUGGCAACAAAUGUGACACUUGUGUGCUACCAACAGCUGCGAAGGAGUGCCAAGCGAGGUUUUAGCACGCACCACGUAGUGAGAUCGAGGAAGAGUAUAUGACUAUCACCGCGCCUCAGAGAGGGGUCCCAACUGUCAUCGUGUAUCACUUUGACCAUCAUAAUGGCGCAAGCCACACCGUACGUCCGCGCGCGUUCAGAGCCAUCUGCCUUUGAAUUCGAGGACUCUGCUAAUCGAUCGAAUCCCAGCGCGUAUACAGCUUUACCAACAACUAUGAAUGAUGUACGUGGUUUGAAAGCCCCAAACUCGAUCGGGAUCAGUCGACCGACCAGCGAUAUUUCAAGCGAGCAAGCCGACGGCUCCACGAAGCAUCAUGAGUCCAGAACAUACGCGACACUGGAGAGAGGUGUUGUCCACGAAUGGGGGUCGACUAUAUUCGACGUACUCAUGUCUUUGGUUCCGUUGUUUUUUCUAGUGAUCGCCAUUCUCUGCCUUUCUCUGAACCAGAAACCUGUAUCUACCUAUGGACAAGAUAUCAAAGCCAUAACGCUACUUUCACCUACUAUAUUCCCAAUAGUGUAUGCAGCGAUUUUUGGAAAGCUCCUUCGCCGAGUUGCGCUCUUCAAAGCUGAACGAAGCUCUUCUGUUGGCACACUGGAGCAGCUUUUAGGGAGUCAAUCGUUCUUUGCAAGCGUGGAGAGGCAAUUUGGAAUGCGCCGACUAAACCUGCUAGGAAUCGGAAUCGUGGUAGCGUGGCUUUUGUCGCCUCUUGGGGGUCAAUCGUCACUGAGACUUCUAUCAACAACGGUAUCCGAAAAGGUUAUUCAAACUCCUGCCCGGUAUCAUGCUGUCGAUAUCUUUGGCAGGUGGAAUAUGUAUGGCGAGCACCUUGAAGAUUACUACUGGUCUUCAUAUGCACCCCUGUUUCUCAGCACGCUCCAGACCUCCCGAGACAACUUUAAUGGGUCGAAGGAUCUCUUUGGCAACAUUAGAAUUCCCGAUAUAACUUCUCUGGAACACUUCAAGGACACGACGCCGCCUUCUGAUGACUGGUAUGAUGUUAAAGACACUCCUUCCGUUUCAUACACCUCUCUCCUGGGAUCACCUAUCAGGGACGUUCCAAUGACAGCAAAUGUCACAUUCGAGAUCGAGACCGGAUAUUGGGAAAUCCUAUGUGAUCCGUUCUCUGCAAACUUUUCGUUAAGUCUCAUCAACGAUACCAGGACUGGUCAGAAUGAAACUUCAUUCGACAUGCUCAUUAACGCGCCUGAUGAAGGCAAGAAUUCAACAACCGUGGGCUUCGAGUACCUAACUAGGGUAUCCUAUCGAGAGGCUAUACGUUCGAACUGCACAGCCGAGAUGCGAGCGGUGCACUCCGAGGUCGGUUGCAUUGAAGGCGUGUGCGACGUGCAGCGCAUGCGUCUUUCAAAUCGGGAUAUGUGGCCUAUAUUUGACAACACCUCGUCCUGGGACACUGUACGUUACAUUACUCAGUUCCUUCCCGGUACUGAUCUGGGCUCAACUUCUAAAUUGCGAGUCUCCGAGCUUGUUGAACAGUGGAUGACGGAUCCAUACCUCACAAAUCUGAUUACGAAUUAUCCUGGAUCGUGGGGUGGAGUAAAUCCUGCGCAGAAUCUGACCACCCAAAUGUUCAAUCGUCGCUUGCAGAUGGUCAUCAAUACCUUCACUGAUUCGUGGAUGGGCGUGGACUACCGAGCUGGGCUGGACACAGAGGCGCCAUGGAACAGCACGGAAGCGACCGGCGUUGAGUUCGACACCGAGCGAUAUGUGUGCAAUACCACUUUUGCAGUUCUCACUAUCGUCAUCUCGUCCCUGCUCUUUGCGACAGCUGUGGCCUCGGUGGUCCUAGGUAUCGUGACGAGGGCGCCAGACAUCUUGGGUUACGUAUCAACACUUGCACGCGACAACCCGUAUCUGCAGGAGCACGUCCCAUCGUACCUUGACGGAAUGGAGGCAUCCAGAGCACUUCGCGACGUCCGUGUUAUUGUUGGAGAUGUGCAAAAGGAUGCGGAUGUUGGCCAUGUUGCGUUUGCAUCAAUGCAUGUUGGGCCCGGACGUAUCAGCAGAACGCGAAACUAUGACUAGAGCAGUCUGCUUCGUUAACUUGAGGUUUUAGAUAGGAC